AUGUCUUCUCCUCUAGUGAAGCCCCACAGAGUCCACAGGGAUACUCACAUUUUUACAUUGUCUAAUGGUUCUAGAAAUACAAAGAUGAAAGAAUCAAAUGUUAACCAGAAAAUAUCCAUCAAGACACUGGCAGAUUUUAAACUUCGCGCUGGAGUCAAGCCAAUUCGCCGCAUGGAUGUUUCAGAUGCAAUAGAAGUUAAACAUGACAAUGCAAUUAAAGUACCCAGCUAUAAUCAGGAAACGCAGGCUUUAGCUAUCGCAGCAAACAAAAACCUGCCACCACAUCUGUUGCUGGCAUCGCUGUUAGAAGAACUCUGUUUUAUCUAUGUCAAGGACAAGAACAAGGCUCAACAUUUGUUUAAAAUUCUGUGCGAGCGGCUGAGCAAACUUCAAGUGAUGGCCCCUCUCAGCCAUGUGGAUGAGAUGAGUGGUUUGAGAUAUCAGCGCAGAACAAUGCUGAACAAACUCAUUAGAGCAGCCAUGAGAUCAAUGGAGCAGGGUCCAUCAUUGCUGGCUUUACCUGAAACACACUUUUCUCUAAAUGUAAGUAGUCCUGGUUUUAUGGAGGAAGAUAUCAUUGAGCAGCAGACUUCGCGCUACAAGAAUGAGUUCCAAGAACUGGGUAUUCUGGGCAAAGGAGGCUUUGGAUCCGUGUUCAAAGCCAGAAACUACUUAGAUGGUUGUGAAUAUGCAGUAAAGAAAGUCAGAUUCAAACACAAAAAUACUGAUUUGGAACUGAAGCUGCUAAGAGAAGUGAAAGCUUUAGCAAACCUGCAGCACACCAACAUUGUUGGCUACAAUGCCGCAUGGAUGGAGUACGACAGCCCUUACUUGACUGGCAAAGUUCUGUCAUCAGAAAGGUCUCCCAUUAAAGGUCAAAGGACAGAAGACAGUGACAGUGACACAUUUGACAAUCAAGACAGCAUGAGUGUAGAAUUUUGUCUUUCUGAUGAUCACAUCAAGUCUGAAGUGGGAAGAACAUUUGCUAUAUCAGUGCCAGGUGGCUUGGCCAUGAAUGCAAAACUCUUUAGUACAGUUCAUCAACAAGACUUUGCACCUUUAGCUGGAACGAAAAAUGAAAAUCAGAACAGAUCGUCAUCAGAAGACAGUGUGGUUUUUGUUGACUCUGUGCAGGAGCAUGAAGUUUUCCAGAAGUUAUCUAAACUUGACUUAAAGAACGUAAGAGUUAAAAAAGGAACAAGCAGGUCACCCAUGAAAACAAAGAAUAAGCAUGAGGCAAAUUACUUUCCAAAAGAUGUUAAGAACCACAAGAAUAGGGAGACUCUAUGUUGUUAUGAUAAAGGGUGUAAUGUAUCCACAGAAACAGCGAAAGGUGCUUCUACAAAGAUGUUUCCGAGAGGCUCUUUACGAAAUGCACACAAUGUAGAUGAAAGUUUGCUUGAUAAUUCAUCUGCCAUUCUACAUUUUCACAGUGUAGAUGAAAGUUUAUUAGAAAACUUAUCCACUAAUCCACAGUUUCAUAAUGUAGAUGACAGUUUGCGUGGAGACUUAUCCACUGAUCCAAAGUUUCACAAUCUAAGUGACUGUUUCUUAGAUAACUCAACCACUGAUCCACAGUUUCAUAAUGAAGAUAAGAGUUUGCCUGGCAGUUCAUCCACUAAUCCAAAGUUUCAUAAAGUUUUAGUUGAACAUAGACACAGUAAUCAUAAUACAACUGGGUUGUUGACCAGCAGUGAUGUUUGUAGAGUGCAUAGACAGUCUGAUUCCGUUGGGUGUGUGGCGGACCAGGAGAUUGCAUGUACAUCUGUUGAUAACCAAAAGAGUAUUAGAAACACAGCACAAGUUCGUUAUCAUUGGUGUCCAGAUUUUGCUAAAUUCUCUGACCAGAAGUGUCAGUGUUCUGGUGUUCAGUUGCCACCAGACUUUAUAAAUAUAUGCCAACAGGCAGUAUCAUCAGUUGUCAUAGAUCUCAAAGAAGAUUGUCAUCUUCAUCAGCAUCAAGAGUACACAUCAGUUGCCAAAUUGGAUUUAAAUUCAUAUAUGCCAGCUGAUUGCCAGCAUUGUGUGUUAAGUACUGCUUCCCAAACACAAAGCCUUCAGCUAAACUCCACUCUGUCCGAGCUGUUGAUUUCAGAAACAGGAAAGUCACAUGAUAGUGAGCAGGCUUUAUCAACACCAUUUCAAGCAGCGGGUUCUUCAGUCACCCUCAAGGCAUCAGUCUCACAUUCGCAAUGCAAAAAUAAAGUAGCUAAAGUAAAUCCAGACCAAACAGCUUUCACAAAGAAGCAACUGAGACACAGCCCUAUAUUGUUGCAUGCCUCAUCUCAAAGCCAACAAAUGAAUACUGUACCUGAAACUACACAUGGCCCCAACAUUUUCAUGUCUCAUACAAGCAGCAUCGUAGAGCCUGUAUCAGAAAUUUCCAAUACACCCACCAGAGCAGAAAAAUCUGGUAACGGACUAGCAGGUUUAAGACGAGGUCCCAUGAUGAGAGUCAGCUUCCGGAGUGACAGUGAAGAAGUUGUAGAAUCCCACAGUAAUUAUGUCUUUCAUAACUCAGUAACAUUGUACAUACAGAUGGAACUUUGCACUUUUACAUUACAAGAAUGGAUGGCAGAACGCAACUCAGAAUUUCACUUAAAAGGAUGUG